AUGGCAUCUUUGGGUGUGUCGGAAAUGCUUGGUACGCCCCUUAACUUCAGGGCUGUGUCAAGAUCGUCUGCUCCAUUGGCAUCGAACCCCGGCACGUUCAAGACAGUUGCUUUGUUCUCCAAGAAGAAGCCAGCUCCUCCUCCCAAGGCCAAGACCGUCUCUGCUGCCAACGACGAGCUCGCCAAGUGGUAUGGUCCUGACAGGAGAAUCUUCUUGCCUGAUGGUCUUUUGGACCGAUCAGAGAUCCCAGAGUACUUAAACGGUGAAGUUGCGGGAGAUUAUGGUUAUGACCCUUUUGGACUUGGAAAGAAGCCUGAGGACUUUGCUAAAUACCAAGCCUUUGAACUGAUCCACGCGAGAUGGGCUAUGUUGGGAGCAGCUGGUUGCAUCAUCCCUGAAGCCUUAAACAAAUAUGGCGCUAACUGUGGCCCUGAAGCCAUCUGGUUUAAGACUGGUGCUCUUCUUCUUGAUGGAAACACAUUGAGCUACUUUGGCAAGAACAUCCCAAUCAACCUUGUUCUCGCUGUAGUUGCUGAGGUUGUUCUCCUUGGUGGUGCUGAGUACUACCGAAUCACCAAUGGAUUGGACUUCGAAGACAAGCUUCACCCAGGAGGUCCAUUUGAUCCCUUGGGACUUGCUAAAGACCCUGAACAAGGAGCUCUUCUCAAGGUUAAAGAGAUCAAGAACGGGAGAUUAGCCAUGUUUUCCAUGUUCGCUUUCUUCAUCCAAGCUUAUGUUACAGGAGAAGGCCCUGUUGAGAACCUUUCAAAGCAUCUCAGUGAUCCUUUUGGCAACAAUUUGCUUACCGUCAUCACUGGAACUGCUGAGAGAGCUCCCACUCUCUAAGUUCUUUCUAGUAUUAAAUGAUCUUUGAAAAUGCUUUGUAAACUUUUGUUUGAUGAGAGUUUCUGUUGACAUUUGUGAAAAAAAACAAUUAUGUUACCUUAUUCAUUCUAGCAGUGGAUAUAUAUUUGGGUUUUAUGAAGCAUUUUGCUUCCAACAAUAAUAUGAAAUAAAUAAAACAUUUGUAAUCAAGAACAUACACACACCAACACUUACAUAGUCAUAACUCAUAAGACAUAUAACCAUCUCACUGCGCAACGAAAGUUGGUUACCAUCUUCAAACCUGAUCCCUCUAGAAGAGUCUUCAUUUACCAUAUGACAAGUCACAAACCUAUCCAUCAUUGACCAUCCGCAGUCUCACAAGUGUAACCUCUAAACCCGGCUCACACGUUUGCUGGUAUUGUAACCCUUCACUAG